AUGGCAAACUUCAAGAAGAUGACUCUCACUCUGGCUAGCCUAGUCUCAACCAUCCUGGCCUCCUCUGCUCCUACCAAAAUGACGUUGGUGUCAUCGGUGAGGUCCAGAACGACUGUGACCCGGGCGAUCCCCGCCGUCUCCAACGCGACAGCACGCUGGUACUUCGGCACCACAGGCCGGCCAUACUACACCUACGUCCUACACGGCGCAGACUGGAUCGCGACGUUUGUAGUCGUGGACUUGGACUCGGACUGCUUCGUCGAAAAGUACCAGGCCAGCACAUCCGUCUACCAAAACUCCUACACGAAGCAAUGCCACGCCGAGCGGGCCACGCAGGUCGCGUUCCUGGAGCAGACCUUCGCGGCCUCCAAAGCCGAAUGGAAAUUCCUCCAGCUCCACCACGGAUCGCCGUCGUCGAGAAACACGGCGGCGUCCUCCUCAAAAACGGCCACGACCACUGUCUCGCGCACUUCUACAAUAAUAACACGAACUUUAUUCUCGCCGGCGGCGCGGGGUAUCCCCAGGCUGGGGACUGUAACUACGGGUUGCCGCUGGGCCCCUUACACCAAGUGGCUGGGGGCGAACUCGCAGUCUGCUGCUAAUGGGUUCGUCACGAUGGACAUUUCCCGCGAGGAGGUGAACGUCGAGUACUAUGCCUGGGAUAUGAAGUUUGGAGGAGGGGAUCUCUACCCCAUCAAGAAUGAUAUGACUCCAUCGUAUUCAUUCAAGAUCAAGUCACAUGCUUGGUGA